UAUAGCCGUGAUCAACUCGACAUCAUGCUCGGCGUACGAGAUCGCGUAUUCAUAGAAUAUGUAUCAGUGAUGCGAGUGAUGCGAACAUGUCCAGCAUGUCAUUUGCUUUGCUCUUGCUAGCUCAAGUUUAUCACUUUUGGCGUACAGUGUUUGGUAUGAUUGAAGAGUAAAUGGUGUGUAGUGGUAUGUUGCUACGUUUUUACUAAGAUGCAAAAUGUUAAUAUUCUAAAAUAAUGUUGAUAUAAACUUUGUUAUGGUGUUAUACUUGCAUCUGCAAUCUUUUGUAAAUAUCUGAUCUUUUGGAAUUUAUUACUUCAUAUUUUAUUUUCUGUAACGUAAAUGCAAAGAUGCCUCAUUUUGUAAGCACUAAAGACGAAAUUGUGCAAAAUAUGGAGGAUAUCGCUUCUGAUUUUGCUUGUCUUAAAGUAUCUGCUUUGCAAAAAGCUUCUCGUAUAUCAGGUGAAGUGGAUAAAAUUACAAUUGGUCCCGAUUCAAUAGUGAAUGAAAGUGAAAGUGAAAGAUCAGAAAAUAUAGAAAAUGAACGGAAUUCUUGUAAUAUUACAGUUCCACAAAAAUCUGUCUGCUCACAGCAUAAAAUUUGUAUGCAAAGUGGCAUUACCUUCUCAGUUAAAAAAAUUCUCUUAGAAAGCGAAUAUCAAAGAAAAGAAGAAGUUCAGAAAGAAAUUGCACGUCAUUGGCAACAUAUGAAAGAAAAUGGGAAAGUUAUACAGAAACGUAUGGCAAUGUCACGUUCACAUAUGGCUAAAGAACGUGAACGCAAAAGUAAGGAGAACUAUGCAUAUAUACUAGCAGAAGAAAGAAUGGCAGAACAGGAAGAAAUACGUAAAAGACAUGAACGACAGAAAGAGGUUGAAGAAUACAGAAAAGAAAUGAAAGAGAAAGAAGAAUUGAUCAAAGAAAUAAUGAUUGUAAGAAAUGUAUACAACCAAAAAAAUAAUGAUUUUAAGAAAUAUGCAAUGGAAUAUUAUGAUAUCAUAGCACUUUCUGAAAAUUGUAAAGACAAAAAUUCUUUUACCAUACUAUUAUCUUCUUAUGAUACAAAAUUAGAAGAGUUGCACCUCCAAUUGAAGUUUAUAGAUGAAAAAGUUAAGAUAGGUGAAAUAACACCCGCCGAUUUGAAUAUUAUGGUAAAACUGGUUCAACAAAUUGAUGAAAUGUUAAGUAUAUUUAAAUCAGAAAUAGAUAAAAUAAAUGUUCGGUGUGAGGUAAAUUCAACUGGAGCAGAAAAUACAAUACAUUCUCACACGACACAAUUGUCAGAUUCACAACAGACGUUUAGCAACAGUCAAACUGUUCACGAGCCAAUUAUUUCAGAACAAACAAGUACUGAUAACAAAGUACAGAAAUAUGAAGAAGAAGAAAAAAAGGGAAAUGUGCAAACAGAGAACAUGAUUUCUACAAAUAUUUCACAAGAAACAUCUCUAAUAGCUAAUGUAGAACGAAAUGUAUCAACGACCGAAUCAGAUAAAGAUCAUUUGUAUAAAUAUGUCGAUAAAGGAUUGUUAGAAAUAUAUGUGAAUAAUAAAAAAUUUUUAGAAAAUUAUGUAAAAAUAUUUGAUGAGUUUUUACAAUCUCCAAGUAUGAAAAAAUUUAGAUUUGAAUGUCAAAAAGCAAUAAAUAUACCUGUAAAUGCAAUAUCUGGCAUUAAUCAACAACAUCUGACAGAUAAAUAUGAACGAUUACAUAUUCUGCUUAUGGGGAAAUCUUGGCCAAAUGUUAAUGAACAUCCAUAUGGGGCAGAUUUUUGUAAAAAUAUUCUAGCUAAAAAAUUAGUUAAUCAAGGUGAGACGCUUGUUUCAAGUAAACCAAAGAUGGCAUUUCCCAUCGCUGCUAUAAUCGUAGCUCUUUGGAGCGAUCAUUCCGAUUUUGGAGAUUUGCUUUUAUCACAUUUUUACAAUGUUUGCCCGUUUACGGUUCCCAUCUUUAUGCCAAGAAUGGUAGGACAAUCGGAUGAUGAUUAUUAUAAAUUAAUGGGUUAUAAAUAUGCUGAAGAUGGCACAAUUGAAAAGCAUGAUAAAUUUUUGAAAAGAAUGUCCGGUUUAAUGAGACUGUAUGCUUCUAUUACUAUCACGACUCAAAGAAAAGGAAUUACUAAAACUAAUCCACAUGGACUCCAAAAUGCAUGGCGAUGGUUGGCUGCUAUUUUAAAUUUUGAACCGCGAAAGGAAAUAUCAGAUCUUUGUGCAACUUUCUUAUUGGAUAUGCUUGAAGUUGCUGGAAAUACAUUAUGGAUUGCUUAUCCAAAACAAUUCCAUAAGUUGUUAAUUUUGUUGUCGGAAGAAUAUUAUCCACGCAUGAAAAAUGUAGGAUCUAUCGGCAGUGGUCCAUUGAUACGACUUGAAGAAUUUUUGAGAAAUAGCUUAGCAAAAGGUUCUAUAUCCCCUCCUGAUGGUCAACUUCCUCUAAAUUUUUGGUGAUGAUAAUACCGCUGAAUCAAUUUCUUUAAUUUCUAAUUAUAAAUUUCUGACUGUUAUCGAUACUCGUAAAACAUUAUCGGAUAUUGCAAGAAUUUGUGCGAAAAUAUUUUAAAGUAAUUUGUACAUACGAAAAAUCAUUAUUUGAAUGACAUAUUUAUUAAACUUUCAAUGUGUGAGGAAAGAAUGCAAAAAAAUGUAAAAAUAAUAAGUGAUGUAUGUAUAAUUAUGCAUAUGCCUAGAAAUAAUACAAUAUGAAUAACAUAA